CUCCCGCGAACAAGAUGCUGUGUGCGUAAUUGUCAAUACAUGUGUUCUUUUCUUUUCGUUUUCUAUGUCCAAUAAAUGUGCUGUCUUCAAAAACCAUGCUGAGAUUAUUGAAAAGUAACAACAAAAAAGAACACGGAAUUCUGCACUUUGGUCAGAAGAAUUUUAAAAAGAUUUGAAGUUGGCGUUCGAAAUAGAAGCCAAAGAACUUUGGCGACUGAAAAUUUAUCUGUCAUUCUAAUUUCGGAAGUUGGAAGAUCAUAAGCAAUGACAAUCAGUAAAGACUUGGGCUAAUCCUUGUGUGGCCUUGGGUUCUCUGAACAGGCAACCUUGAUUUUAAUUGGCGAAUCCAGUUGAUUAAAAAUGGCUGCAAAACCAAGUACUUACAAAAGAUUGAUGGUGCAUACGUUGACAACUAAUUUCCGUGAAGCAGUCACUAUUGAGACCGCUGAAAUGUGUCACCCUAAAAAAGGAGAAGUAUGCAUAAAAAAUAAAUAUGUUGGUAUCAACGCAUCUGAUGUAAACAUGACCAAAGGCCGAUAUUUCACCAGUGGUAAACCGCCAUUUGGAGUUGGUUUUGAGGCUGUAGGUGAAAUAGUAGAGAUUGGCGAAGAUGUAGAUAAUUUCAAAGUAGGACAGAGCGUUACCUAUAUGAAUUCUUACAUGAAUACAUACGCAGAAUAUGUGUGUGUGCUCGCAGCUGAAGUUAUUCCUGUACCAGAAAUAAAUCCUGGUUAUCUUACCUUAUUAGUGAGCGGUCUCACAGCAGCCAUAGGACUAGAUAAAGCUGCUCGUAUUAGUGCAGGAGAUUCUGUAUUAAUCACUGCUGCAGCUGGUGGAACUGGACACAUUGCAGUACAAUGGGCUAAAGCAGCUGAUUGUCAUGUUAUUGGUACUUGUUCUACUGAAGAAAAGGAGAAAGUUUUGAAAGACCUUGGAUGUGAUCGAGUCAUAAAUUAUAAAAAGGAAGAUCUAGCAGAAGUCCUAGCCAAAGAGUAUCCUAAAGGGGUGGAUGUUAUAUGGGAAACGAUUGGUGGAAAAGUUUUCGAGGAUUGUUUCAAGAAUCUGGCUCUCAGAGGAAGGCUUCUAGUUAUUGGAGGCAUUUCUGCUUACAAAGAUGAAGACCGAGAAUCAGUGCAGAAAAGAGAUCUUUCUGCUUUGCCAGAACAACUGCUUUUCAAAUCUGCAUCUGUAGUAGGAUUCAUGCUUCUGCAUUUCGGUGAAUGCUUUGCUUCUUAUUUCAAAUACAUGAGUGAAACCUUAGAAGCGGGGAAGAUAAAAGUCGUUUUGGACAAUGGUGAAAAAUCAACCGGAAAUGAAUUCUUCGGCAUGGAAGGAAUCAUCAGAGGAGUUGAGCAUCUUCAUUCUGGAAAAAAUGUUGGAAAAGUGUAUGCAAGGAUCUAUUGAUUGUUUAGUAAAAUAAUAGGUAAUUGUUAUGUUCUGACUUGUUAUAAUUUUUAAACAAAUUUUGUUACUCAUGAGAUUAAAUUCAUUCAAUGAAUUGUUUUGUAUAACUUUUAAAUUUUUUAAAAUAAAAUUUUGCAAAUAAAA